AACCUUCAUUGUCAUUGCACGAAAUUGAUCCUCCGGAAAUUAGGUCAUCCAUUCGUGAAGUAUUUUCUGUUACCCAAUUCAUCUCCAUUUCUAUCUUUAAGCUGAAAUUUGAGACGAGAUCGAGGAAGAAGGGGAUCCUGGAGACUGAUUGAAUCAAUAACUUAGUAAUGGCAGGCCAGAAUGAGGAAGAAAAAUCUGCAGCUACGGAAGACUUUGUAUACAGAAUCAGUACAUCCAAGGAGUGGGAUGAAUCACAGCGCGUUGGUCAUAUCUAUGGAGGAGACUUCGACAAGUCUUCCGGCUUCAUUCAUCUCAGUAACCUCAAUCAGGUCCAGUCAACUUUGCAGAAUUUCUUUCUGAAUAUCAAAGAUGAAUUGUAUCUCCUUCAAAUUGAGGCCAAAAAGCUUGGUGAUGGAUUGAUUUAUGAACUUGUGGAUGGUUCCAAUAGCUUCCCUCAUUUCUAUGGUCCGUCACGAAGCUUCAGGCCUAUCCCUAUGGAUGCAGUAACCAAAGCAGAGAAACUAACUUUUUCUGAUGGUCGAUUUACUUGUAGUUUUCUUGAAUAGGAAUAGCUUUAGUUGGCCAUUCCAACUUUGUAUUGUAUCAACAAACCAAGUGCUGCUCAAGGUUAUAGGCUGGAGAAGCGAAUUGCGUACAACUCUGCAGCUGAUUUCUUUUUCCAAUUUGUAAAGUACAUAGGAGCCUUAAAUUCAUGUGAAACUUUUGGGUAGUUAUCUGCUUUAACUGAGUCAUCCUCUUACAGUACCGCCUAUCCAAGAGCUACACUGCAGAAUAUUAGAAUCGAUGGACCGUUGUAAAUGCCUUCAUUUUAUCAGGCAAAAAUGGGAAUAAAAAAUGAUCACUUUUGAUUGAUAUUA